AUGCCACCUAGUAACACCAGACCCGACCAACCUCUCAGCCCCAGACGUGAUGAUGGCUGUCAAGGAAAUGGGCGCCGGAGGCUGGAAGAGGACAUCGUCUCCAUGGCAGACUCCACCAUCACCAUAGAUGACAUCGAGGGAGAGCUUUUCAAGAUUGACAGGAUUCGAGAUGUGCUGGUCAGAAGAGAGUCAGAACUCAGAUACAUGAUGGAUGACAUUCAGCUGUGUAAGGAAAUCACUCGCCUCAAGAAGGAGCUCCAGAAACUGGUGUCCGUACCAGACAAUGACAAGUCCAACGAGGACAGACAGAAAGAGGAGGAUCUUCUCCAGCAGAUUCACAAGCUGGUGGAGACCAGAGAUUUCCUUGUUGACGAUGUGGAGUUUGAGAGGCUAAGGGAAAGGGAGGAGGACAAAGAAAUGGCGGAUUUCCUCCAGUCCAAGUUCCCCAGAAACUCCAAGAAGAAAGGUCAGAUUCCAGCCAGACGGCUAACGUCCAGGGCCCAGCAGACCUCGUCCCCCUUCACCAAGACAGGCCUGUCCUUGCUGAAGGAGUGCUGUGGCUUCACCUGCUCCAUCAUGUAGGCCGGGCCCUCAGGGGCUCUAACAUGGAGCCAAAAUAGAGCCCUGUUACAUCACAGUUUCAGCUUUCCAACCCUUGAAGUACGGACAGACAACGAGCUAGUGUAGAAUUUUCAAGGAUAUUUUGGGGAUGUCGCCAGGAUGAGAUUGAUAGUGUUUUAUCUCCCAAUCUAUGCUACAUCCCAUCUGGGCUGUGUUUCUCUCUCUAUCUCUCUCUGUCUCUCUCUCUGUCUCUCUCUGUCUCUCUCUGUGUCUCUCUCUCCCACCUUUCCUCUCCCCCUUCCCCCUCCCUCUAUCUCUCUCUGUCUUCUCUCCAUCAUUAGGGCUCCAGUCCUAUCUGCACUUCUAGUUGGGUUCUAUACCCAGUGUCCCCUCUCCGCAUCAGGCUCAUCCCCCAUGAGGCUGUGCAAUGAUCUUCCAUCGUCUGUAUCAGACUAUUCUCAUUCAUCAUUGUCAGAGUCCCUCCCACUGCCUCUCCCUGCCUCUCAAUGGUGUCACCAAUGCUCUCAGAGCAGUUCAUCCUGGUCAAUCUCACUGGCUUUGGUACCUCUGUACCUAGAACCUGUCCCUUCACAAAGAUUGGAUGUAAACGUAAUUUGCAUAAGUCAGAUAUUGCUAUCAAAUAAUGUACAAAGCGCUACUUGUCUACCAGUUACAGAUGUUAAAUAUUGCUACCCCGGUGAAGAUUAUUAUGUAUGAUGCAUGAGACAAAACCCAACAGUGAAGAUGUACUGUACAGUAUUUUCUAAUUGGAACAUCACACAUACAUCUCUUUAAGUCCUGUUUAGCCUCCUUAACUCUUUUACCUUUCAAAUGACUGUAGUUGCCUUUGAACAGACUUCCCACUGGUUCACUAAUUCAUAGUCAGCGUUAAUUGACGGCAGCCUAAUCAUGCUGCCAGGUCAACGUUAGCCAGACAUGCAACCGAUGGGCUAAUUGAUGUUUUGUGAUAAGAUUAUGGUUUCAUGAUAACAUGACACUAACGUCAGAAUUUAAGCAACUCACUAA